CUGACUUUGUCGUCGCCGCUGUCAGUUCAAGAAGAACAUUCAAAGAAAAUGGCAAGUAGUGGUGCUAUAGUUGAUACGGCUUUUCCAGCUAUUUCCCUGGUCCCAAAAACCGAAACUGGAGUUUUGAAUUUCCUCCAAAAAUAUCCAGAAUUUGAUGGACGUGAUACUAUAAUUGCAGUAUUUGAUUCUGGUGUUGAUCCCAAAGCAGCAGGUCUUGAGACCAUAUGUGAUGGCUCGGUUAAGGUCAUUGAACGUUUCGAUUGUUCAGGCUGUGGCGACACUGACGUCUCGAAAAAGGUCACCGCCGAUACAAAAGGAUGCAUCACCGGAAUAUCUGGGCGAUCAUUGAAGUUGACACCACAAAUGGUGGCAACUAACACCGCCAAUGGGGAAUACCGUGUUGGUUUGAAGAGCAUCGGAGACUUGUAUCCAUCCAAAGUCCGAGAUGCAGUUGUGAGUAAUAAGAAAUUAAAAACCUGGGACAAGCCUCACAAAACUGCCAUUGCUGAUGUGCUUCGUAAAUUGAGUGAAUUCGAGGCACAAAACAGUGAUACAACUAAAUUGUCUUGGGACAAAAAAUUGGAGAAAGAGAAUCUUGAUUUUGAAUUGGAGUUUCUUAAUAAUUAUGAGAAAAUGUAUUCGGAUAUCAAGACUUCGUAUGAUGUUGUUUUAUAUCCAACUGAGAAUGGAUGGCAAGCUGUUAUUGAUACUUCUUUAAAGGGAGAUCUGGAAAAUGCUGUGCAUAUAGGAGAAUAUAGCAAAACUCAUGAAAUCAAAAAUCUUGAUAGUUAUCUUUCUGUAUCGAUCAAUAUUCAUGAUGAUGGUAAUCUGUUGGAACUUGUUGGAAUGUGCUCUCCCCAUGGUACACAUGUCGCCUCAAUUGCUAGCGGUAAUCAUGAUUCAAAGGAUGUGAAUGGUGUUGCUCCAAAUGCAAAAAUCGUAUCGUUGACGUUGGGUGAUGGACGUUUAGGCUCAAUGGAAACUGGCACCGCAUUGGUGCGUGCCAUGAUGAAAGUCAUGGAAUUAUGUGAAACGGGAAGGAAGGUGGAUGUCAUCAAUAUGAGUUAUGGUGAACACGCUGCUUGGUCAAGUUGUGGUCGCAUUGGCGAACUAAUGAGCGAAGUGGUCAACAAAUAUGGCGUAGUCUGGGUUGCAUCGGCCGGCAACCAUGGUCCAGCACUAUCCACAAUUGGCACCCCGCCAGAUAUUAGUCAGCCAAGUUGUAUAGGAGUUGGAGCUUAUGUUUCGCCUCAAAUGAUGGAAGUGGAGUAUGCCUUGCGAGAGAAAUUACCAGGAAAUGUUUACACCUGGACAUCACGUGAUCCGUGCAUUGAUGGUGGCCAAGGAGUAACAGUGUGCGCUCCGGGAGCAGCCAUUACCUCAGUGCCGCAAUUUACAAUGUGCAAAUCUCAACUUAUGAACGGAACAAGUAUGGCAGCUCCCCAUGUUGCCGGAGCAGUAGCUCUCCUGGUAUCGGGUUUGAAGCAAAAGGGUGUAUCAUAUUCGCCGUUUAGUAUAAAGCGUGCCAUAUGUGCUACAGCAACCAAAUUAAAUUAUGUCGACCCAUUUGCUCAGGGCAGUGGACUUUUGAAUGUGGAGAAAGCAUUCGAGUAUUUGAUGCAGCACAAGGAUGCAGCAGAAAACACGUUAAGAUUCUCAAUUCGCGUUGGAACCCAAAAUGCAAAAGGUAUCUACAUUCGAGAUGGUUUUCUCAAGAAACCAUACGAAUUUAAUGUCAACGUGGAACCAAUUUACAUGAAUGACAAGGAGGCUGAUCCUGAGAACAAAAUAAACUUUAAUGUUCGACUGAAUUUAGUUUCAUCACAUCCGUUUGUGCAAUGUGGAAAUUAUUUGGAUCUGUGCUAUGGGACACGUCCCAUCAGUGUUAAGGUGGAUCCAACUGGGCUUCCAGCAGGUGUUCAUUCGGCUGUCAUCAAGGCAUAUGACAGUAAUGACGUAGAAAAAGGAGCAUUAUUCGAAAUCCCAGUUACAGUUGUUCAGCCUCAUGUCAUUAAUACUGAACAAUCGCGUGUAUUCAAUCCUCCAGCUGCCAUAGAAUUCCAACCCAACACCAUUCAACGUGAUUUCAUCUUAGUUCCUAACAAUGCCACCUGGGCUGUUUUAAAAAUGCGCUCGACCGAUACAAAUCGUGACAAAGAAGUUGGAAAAUUCUUUGUCCAUACUAUGCAGUUGCUACCAGUAUCCUCAUGCCGAAAGCUAGAAACUAUGAAAAUCCUCAACGUCACCACCGAGAACGAGACAAGUUGGCCAUUUAAAGUUCAGGCGAACAAUAUACUAGAGCUCUGCAUUGCCAAAUACUGGUCAAACUUUGGAAAUACACACGUAAAAUAUAGUUUGGAGUUCCAUGGAAUCUCGACCAGUCCAAAAGCAACUGUCAUGCACUCGGCCAAGGGCAUCCAUCGUUUCCAAGUGACUGCACUUUCCGCAGAAGACUUCCAACCAGCCAUUCAAUUAAAAACCGCUGCUGUCGUCCUCAAGCCAACCGAAACGAAAAUCACCCCACUCAGCCCAACACGCGAUGUCAUCCCGGCGGGCAGGCAAAUCUAUCAAAACGUCCUCACGUAUAACUUAAAUGUCGCCAAGGCACAGGAAGUCUCCCUAUACGCGCCGCUCUUCAACUCAUUGCUCUACGAAUCUGAAUUCGAAUCACAAUUGUGGAUGCUCUUCGAUGUAAAUAAAAUGAUGAUUGCUUGCGGCGAUGCACAUUCGCACACAUUUUGUACAAAAUUGGAAAAAGGCGAAUACACUGUCCGACUUCAGAUACGCCAUGAAAAGAAGGAUGCUUUGGAGAAAAUCUCCGAGGCGACAAUGGUGGCACUAUUCAAAUUGUCAAGUCCAAUAGCCCUUGAAAUCUACGACCACUACAAUCAGUGUAUUGUUGCUGGCCGGAAGUUCACCAGCUGUUCGUUGCAACAUACGCCCAAAGUUGUCUAUGUGGCUCCAUUGAAUAGUGAGAAAAUAUCAAAGGCAUCCUUGCCCAAUGGCACGACCUGGCUAAAUGGUAAUAUGUCGUUGGCCAAGGAUGAGGUCGGCCGGCGAGUUCAUGUUUUGAAAUUCCAGUAUUUGUUAAGUGAUGCAUCGUCAUCAUCGUCAUCCUCAUCGUCGUCGUCGUCGGGGGGAUCUGCGUCGGGAAAGAAAACAAAUGGAGCUGGAUCUCCUGCUGCGUCUGCAGCAUCUGGUGCAUCUGGUGCUAAUGGAAAUGGUGGUGGCAAUGGCAAGACCAGUAACAAUGGCUCCGCUAGUCCAAAAAAAUCAUCUAAAAAUGGAAAAGAUGACUACGCAGAGGCUUUGCGUGACUUCCAGACCUCACUGAUUGCUAAAAUUGAUUUGGAAAAAGCAGAAGAGAUUUACAACACCGUUAUUGCCGCCCAUCCAAAACAUCUGACGGCUCAUUUAAUGUACAUCCAAAACAUUGAGAGCAACCAGCUGAAACCCCAAUUUCCGUUUACAUUCGCCAAGCAUAUCGCAGCAAAGGACACUGCCGAGACAAAACCAGACGUAGCCAGUAUUACAACAACCUUGGAGUCAAUCGCAGAGAAGGCGGGAAUCGUUAUCAAAGAGACUGACAAGGAUGCACUGUUAGCCUAUUAUGGUCUGAAGAAUGAUACACGUUCUGAUGCUUCGAAAAUUAAAACCGACAUGGAGAAACAAAAGAACAAUUUACUUGAAGCACUCACCAAGAAGGGCAUUGCGGUCGCCAAAUUGAAUGUUAUCGAGAAUGGGUCCCAGAAAAGCGCUCGUUUAGAGGAUAUUGACGCAAUAUUUACUGAGAUUGGAAAGUUUGCAGAUGCCACAGACAGCAAGGUUGUUAGUUUUACUCUAUGGCAUGCAUAUGUACACUCCCAUCAUGGGCGUAUGGUGAAAAUAUUGCAAAAACUCUACGAUGACAAACGGUCUAGAGAUGUUUACGAAGAAUUAGCCAUGGUUACAGCUGCUGCUAAAUGGAAUCACGUCGAGGAGGCCAUUGAACGUUUAACAGUUACCGCCAAUCCAAUGAGUUAUCGUUUGUUUUAAAGAACUGUUGCUGCUGCUACCCCACCAGAAGAAACCAAUCCUCUCUGUAUAUCAAUAUUUGCUAAAUCCAUUUAAUUUGUUUGUUUUAAUUUUUUUAUUUUGUUUCAAUAGAAGUAGAAUUCCAACAAUUAUUGUUAUAUUAACGAAUUUUGCUAUUAUGAAACCCUUUUACAUUUUCAAGAUAAAUAAUAAUAAUUUUUUUGGUGAUAGUUUUUAUGUAGUUUAACAAAAAAAAAAAAAAAAUAAAAUUAUAUCA